AUGGAUAAGACUGACUACGCACAUAUAAACACAGAUGAAAUAAAUGAAUCACAUUAUAGAACUAUCGUAAUCUGCACUUUCAACCUAGGUAAGGACUUAAUCAUCUUUCCAUCUGAAAAUGCUAUGAAAGACUACUGCAAAACUAAAGAUCUACCAGAGGGUUGCGAAGAGUAUAACCUGAUUUUACAGAAACAGUACAAUGGACUGGCGAUGCCAUUGCUUGAGGUGAAGUUCUGCAAAACAAAAAGAUUUGGUGUUAAGAAGUUCUUCAACAUUGAUAAAUUCAUACCCGUGCCUAGGGAGUCGAAUAGACUAUUUGAUAAAAGCGUUGACAGAUAUAAAUUCUGUACUGCUUAUAGAAGCUCCGGUAAAAAGCAUUAUAAAUAUACAUUCGAAUUCGAGCCAGAUCCUCAAGACUCGUCCAAAAACUUCCAGACAUAUCUAUUUAACCAUCGCAAAGCUCGCCUUGGUGAUAUGCCCAAAAUUGGAAAUGACGACGGAAACUUUAGGUGGAUUUUAACUAACAAAUAUCCAAAACAAAAAUAUACUUAUUCUUUAUUCCUGUUAGAUGCUGGUCAACCUUCAUUGACUGAUAACAUGGACACAUCUAAAAUGGAAUUGGACCCUAAAAAUGAAUUGAUAGUUAACAGGCCAUGGAUGGGUAGAAGUCUUCAUUCACCUAAUGAAAUCGCAACAUUAAUACAUUUGGCUGAUAAUCAUGGAACAUUUAGUAUUCAUCAAACAGCCUGCUUGAAGAUUCACAAAUCACAAUACCUGAAAGGUUUAGAAUCUGAUAGUAUACAUUCGCUCAACAUGGAUGAAUUGACUUUUAUAACUACAUCCAUCGUUUCGAAAUUUACUUCGGAAAAGAAUACUACAAUAAACGAUUCAAUGCAAAAAUUGAAUAAAUCACACUAUACUUUAACGUUGGUGAUGUAG